UGGCACCUGGUGGGCCGAGGGGGACGCGGCGGCGGGCCGGGAGCGGCGGCGAUGGCCGACCACAGUCUGGACGAGUUCCGCCGGCGCUGGCAGGAGGAGCUGGCGCAGGCCCAGGCGCUGAGGAAGCGGCGGCGGCCCGAGGCUGCCGAGCGGCGGCCGCGGCGGCCCGAGGUGGUCCCUGGGCGCGGCGAGCAGCAGGCCUCGGGGUACCUGGCGCUGGCCCAGGGCCUUUUGGAGGGCGCGGGGCGGCCACCGGCGGCGCGGGCGACCCGGGCCGAGAGGCAGGAAGCGGCGAGCCGUUCCCGCUCCCCUCCGGCCCGCGAGGCUGCCGGCGGCGGGGAGCAGCUGGUGGACCAGCUCAUCCGGGACCUGAAUGAAAUGGAUGACGUGCCCUUCUUUGAUAUCCAACUGCCUUACGAGUUGGCAAUCAAUAUAUUUCAGUAUCUGGACAGAAAAGAACUAGGAAGGUGCGCGCAGGUGAGCAAGACGUGGAAGGUGAUUGCAGAAGAUGAAGUACUCUGGUACAGACUGUGCCAGCAGGAAGGGCACCUUCCCGAGAGCAGCAUCUCCGAUUAUUCUUGCUGGAAGCUCAUCUUCCAAGAGUGCCGAGCCAAGGAACACAUGUUAAGAACCAACUGGAAGAAUCGCAAAGGCGCCGUGAGUGAGCUGGAACACAUUCCUGACGCAGUUUUAUGUGAUGUGCAUUCUCACGAUGGUGUUGUCAUUGCUGGAUAUACAUCAGGGGACGUGAGGGUGUGGGACACCCGCACCUGGGACUACACAGCCCCCUUCCUGGAAUCGGACUACGAGGAGGAUGAGGCUGGAAUGCAGCCAUAUGUCUCCUUUGUGAGGGUAAACAGCUCGCUGGCGGUAGCGGCUUAUGAGGAUGGAUUUCUUAAUAUUUGGGAUCUAAGGACUGGAAGGUAUCCUAUUCAUCGUUUUGAGCAUGAUGCAAGAAUACAAGCACUAGCCCUCAGCCAGGAAGAUGCAACUGUUGCCACAGCUUCUGCUUUUGAUGUCGUAAUGUUAUGCCCCAAUGAGGAGGGAUAUUGGCAAAUAGCUGCAGAAUUUGAAGUUCAGAAACUGGUUGACUACCUUGAAAUAGUUCCAGAUACUGGAAGGUAUCCUGUGGCAGUAGCCACUGCUGGAGAUCUGGUAUACCUGCUAAAAGCUGAAGACUCUGCCAGAACCCUCCAUUAUGUCUACGGGCAGCCUGUCACAUGUCUAGAUGUCUCCGCCAACCAGGCUGCUUUUGGUGUGAAGAGUCUGGGAUGGGUGUACGAAGGAAACAAGAUCCUGGUGUAUAGCCUGGAAGCAGAACGCUGCCUCUCGAAGCUGGGCAACGCGCUUGGCGACUUCACCUGCGUCAACCUCCGGGACAGCCCUCCCAAUCUCAUGGUCAGUGGCAACAUGGACAGGAGGGUGAGGAUCCACGACCUCCGCACUGACACGAUCGCCCUGUCCAUCUCUGCCCACCAACUCGGAGUCUCUUCAGUCCAGAUGGACGACUGGAAGAUUGUCAGCGGGGGCGAGGAGGGCCUGGUCUCCGUGUGGGAUUAUCGGAUGAACCAGAAGCUGUGGGAGGUACACUCCAGACACCCCGUGCGGCACAUCUCCUUCAACUGCCACAGCCUCAUCACGGCCCACGUGCCCUACGAGAGGGUGGUGCGCAACGCCGACCUGGACAACUCCGUCACCCACCGCAGACACCGGGGGCUGAUCCAGGCCUAUGAGUUUGCAGUGGACCGGCUGGCCUUUCAGAGCACUGUGCCCAUCUGCCGUUCGUCCUGUGACACCAUACCGGGUUACAACUAUGACCUGGCACUUGCUUUUCCCUGUGACAACAUUUAGAGAAUUGUCUCAUUUGGGAGCUGGGAAAAAGAACCAAUUCUGUGUAUUUUAGAACUACAGAGGAGCACCUCACUAGGUUUUAAGUGUUGGGGGAAGAAAGCAACUGCAGGGCGCGCUUAUGUGACCCCCACAUAUUCCCCUACUGCCUUCGCUUUUCUCCUUUGCCAAUUCAUUUUUCCCCAGCUGCAUCUGUCAGGGCUCAUUUCAUCUUACUCUGUUCUCACUCUCUCUCUCAUGGCUUUGAGUACCACACACCGAUGGCUCAGAUUUAUCCCUCCUCCACCGCCCCGCAUCACCCGUCAUUCUGUACACUGCACACAGCCCUUGCUCCGGCUCUCAGAUAAGGCGCCCCCCUGCCUGCUCAUCCUCUGUCCAGUCUCCAAACCCUUUCUUCUCUGGGGCCCUUUGGACAUGCUAGUCUCUGGGCCCUUGGCUCUGAGACCAAGAAUUCAACUCUGGGUCGUCGUCGUGUCACCACCACCCGACCUGGGAGAGCAGCACUUUUUCCCGGUAGAUGUUAACACGGUUAUAAUUAUAUAUUUAUACAACUACUUCAUUAAUAACUAACUGUUUUGCUUACUAUUUAGACACUUUCUAUGUACCGUAAACACCCGUCCUCCACGUGGGGUGAUGGGUUCUGGAGUACAGAGUGAGAGGGGAGAGUGCGGAUGGACCAUUACGUUCAACCGCCGAGCUAACAUGGGGCAGCACGAGAGGCCCCUCCCAUGUGAUGACUUGCUUCCGUUUGCAAGGAUUAGGCGGGCAAACCCUCGCGUUACCCGUGAUUUAGACUGUCGUGAGCAGCAGCAGCCAUCUACUGUACCUUCAGAAUAUCAAAGCCCAAAACUGAUAGAACUGCUCAGAGACACAAAACCCACGCCCAUGGUGGGCGAGUCGGGGAUUUACUUAAUUUAUAAGCGUGACACAAUGGACGUAGAUAGGAUUCUGUCCCUUUUCAAAUACCCACAAAACAUGCAUAAAAAAUGACCAUGGAUGAAGGCCACAAGGCAAAUCUCAGAUUACACAAAGAGCAAAACCAGACAGGUCCAAUCCAGUGCCCCCAGUCCCCGUGCGGUACGAUUAGAAAUCAACAAAAAGCAAAACAAAAAUAAAUAUACACCUGGAAGCCCCAGGCACUCCUGAAUUAACUUGGUUUUAAACAGGGAAAGAAAAAUGGAAAAUAGAAACUCUCCAGACCAGGGUGAUUGAUUGAUAGUGGAAGCACUGAACACCAAGACCCAGGGGAUGAGGCCCGAAUGGGCGGGGAGACGUCAUGACUUUUUAUAGAAAAUAAGACAGAAAAUCAAUGUGCUGUCACCCCAGAAAGCUUAAAAAAGGUCACAGUGAUCCCAAACAAACAAAGUAGAAGGAGUUAAAUCCUUCUUUAAAGGAGUUUAAAAAGGAUAAAAAUACACAUUAAUGAACUAGAAAACCAACAGAUAGUGAAGCUGAUCGUAAAGCCGAAAGCAGGUUUUUGGAAAGACAGAAUAUACAACUCUUGAUAAAGGGGGGAAAAAAAGGCACAAGGGACUAUCAAACCGAGUAUUUUCAGCAUGGGGCUAACUUCCCACUGAUCCAAGAGCAAAGUGAAGCUUUCCUGCUGUUCACAAGCGUGCAUGGUUGGGAAAUGCACCACUACACGGAGCCCUAGAACUUUUUGAGUCGUGAGGGUUUUGGAAGGUUUUUCAAAUUAAGAUCCUCAGUCAUAAAAAAAAAUCCACAUCCAACUAGACAGAGCCACAUAGAGGGCCGCGACUGGGAACCAUUCCCUCAGUCCCGAGAGCACUGCUUUCCUUCAGGCUGCCUUCCCGGGAAGGCAGCUGUGUCAGGAGGGUUUCCUGCAUCCUUUCAGAAAACCCAAUUACUUCAUAAAUGAAGCCAAUGUGCAGUUGGCAAAUGAUGUACUUUAUUUACGCUCGCUGCCUUGUGGUGCUCUGACCCCCUAGCGACCUCGCUUUAUACGGUUUUCACCUCUCACAGUCUUAAUGCAACUGGACCACUGCGGAAAGUUUAUUUUUCCUUUUAAGAAGCAGCCCCUUCCAGUCUCAUUUCACAGUUCAUUUUGCAGCUACAUUCUCCCUCCUAGCUUUGCAGGAAUUAAGGGUAAUGGAAGAGUUCAAAAGAAAUGAGACCCAGAAAAUUUUACUGAAAGUAAAAACAGUUUUAAACUACUUUCAUUCACUGCCAACUGCUGGUCCAGUGUAAAUGUUACAAGCAUGGGGUUUUUCCUCCCAGCCUGUUGAUAACAUCUCCCAUUCAUGAAAACCACCUGGGUUUUGUGAAGUUUACUGGACCCAAAUAAUCUCCAAGCACGCCAAGUUCAGUCAGUGUUUUUUUGCUGUAAACCUUACAUUCUGGAAGAAAUAGCCUGAUGGGGAAAGGAUCAAAGUUCCUUUAUGAACCAACAUUUACCAGUGGCUUAAAAAAAUCUUGGCCCAUGUCCACCCCCGUCUGCUCAUCCCAUCUUACCUCUGUCCCCGUUGGCUAUUCUGUGGGAGCUUCUUGGCAAGUUCUGAAUUCUUAGUUGACUUAUCGUCUCCUUUUCUUCUGUAUCUCUUCUGCUUUUCAAACGCGCCCCAUGUCUCCCCUAAAGACAGAAGAGACUCAGAUAUGCUGCUGCGGGAGCCAGAGGGCCAAACACCAGAAAUCUCUGUCCUAUCUUAAAACAUUGUAUGACUUUGCUUUCUGCUUUAUAACAUGUCCAUGUUGGUUCUAGUAUUAAAUUUUUAAAAUGUA